AUGCAGUUUGAAGAUGUUGUGUACAAAAUCAACGACAAAAACGGUGGAUUGUUCCAGAAGAAUGUGAAAGUAGAAGAGAAAACAAUACUAAAAGGAGUAAACGGAAUUGUUGAACCAGGUGAGAUGCUAGCAAUGUUAGGUCCAUCAGGAAGUGGAAAAACAACACUGUUAACAGCGUUAGGAGGAAGACUUGGUGGAAAGCUUCAAGGAAAAAUAACAUACAAUGAUCAACCUUUUUCAAAUGUCAUAAAAAGAAACACAGGUUUUGUUACACAAGAUGAUGUUCUUUACCCUCACUUAACAGUGACAGAAACCCUAGUUUUCACAGCACUUCUUAGAUUACCAAAUACUCUCACAAAACAAGCCAAAGUUGCACUGGCGAAGAACGUUAUUGAUCAACUUGGAUUAACGAAGUGCGAAGAUAGCAUCGUUGGAGAUACUCAUCUAAGAGGAGUUUCUGGGGGUGAGAGGAAAAGGGUUAGUAUUGGACAGGAAUUGCUUAUAAACCCUAGUUUGUUGUUUCUUGAUGAACCAACUUCUGGUUUGGAUUCUACUACAGCGCAGAGAAUUGUGUCGACGUUGUCGGAUUUAGCGAAAGGCGGAAGGACUAUUGUGAUGACAAUACAUCAACCUUCGAGUAGAUUGUACUAUAUGUUUCAUAAAGUUCUGUUGCUUGCUGAAGGGAAUGUUUUGUAUUUUGGAAAAGGCUCUGAAGCUAUUCAACAUUUUUCUAAUAUUGGUUAUGCUCCUGCUAUGGCUAUGAACCCUUCAGAUUUCCUCUUGGAUCUUGCAAAUGGUAAAAAAAUAAUUAAAAUUUCCUAUGCAUUCUUACCAAAUUUAACAUGUUAUUUAAUAUUUCGGAUCAUCAAUUUUGCAGGUAUCUACACCGAUGACGCCAAGCAUGACCAUGUUAUAGACAAGCAAAAACUGAUUUCAGCAUUUAAGAGUAACUCUGAUGGACAAUUGAAGCUAGAACAUCAUGAAAUCAAUGAGUCUGAUGGUAAAUUUGAAGAGAAAGGUUCUGGAAAAUGGCCUACUAGCUGGUCACAACAAUUCUUUGUAUUGUUAAGAAGAGAUAUUAAAGAGAGAAAGUAUGAAUCAUUUUCUGGCCUUAGGAUUGGUCAAGUUCUUGUGGUUGCAAUUAUUUCAGGACUACUUUGGUAUAAAUCUGAUACGUCGCACAUGCAGGAUCAGAUUGGACUAUUAUUCUUCAUAACAGGCUUUUGGGGAUUCUUCCCACUCUUCCAAGCAAUCUUCACCUUCCCUCAAGAACUAAUGAUGCUAGAAAAAGAAAGAUCCUCAGGAAUGUACAGACUCUCCUCCUACUUCGUCUCAAGAAUGGUAGCUGACCUACCAAUGGAGCUAGUCCUCCCCACAAUCUUCCUUCUCAUAACAUAUUUCAUGGCAGGACUCAAAGCGACAGCGAUAAACUUCUUCGAAACACUUUUCACCCUCUUACUGAGUGUGUUGGUUGCACAAGGACUAGGACUUGCACUUGGAGCUGUUGUACUUGAUCAAAAAUCAGCAACAACACUUGCAUCAGUGAUGAUGCUGGUUUUCUUACUUGCUGGUGGAUUCUAUGUUCAGAAUGUUCCAAAGUUCAUUGCUUGGGUGAAGUAUAUUUCUAUUAGCUACUAUACAUAUCAGCUGUUUAUUGGAUCACAGUUUCAUAUUGGAGAAACAUACCCUUGUUCUGAAGGUCAGUGUCCUAUUGAAGAGUUUCCUCCUAUAAAACAAGUGGGGCUUGAUUUGAAGACACAAUGGAUAGCUGCAAUGGCUCUAGUAAUAAUGCUAAUUGGUUAUAGGCUUAUAGCUUAUUUGGCUCUUAUGAGAAUUGGAAUCACAAAGAAAUUGGCUUAG